AUGGCAUAUUUCAAUAGCUAAAACACUCCCAGCACAGGCAAUCUCGUACCGUUGUAGUAGUUUCAGGUAUUUUCUUAGUUAUCAACACCCACAAUCUUCUUCGGUUGUAGUAGUUUUGUGUAUUCGAUAGAGCCAUGAAUACCAAAGGAGAAGAAAAGCAGCCACUUCAACAACCAGCAGGAGAAUCAUCACCAUCUGAGAAGUGGGGCACUAAGUACAUGGGCCCACCUGCUCCACCAUCAGCCCACCCCCUCAACCAGCAAGCAGCCACGUGGACAGCAUGGGACGAGCACCAUCCGUACGUGCUGAGUCACAUCGAAGGGGAAAAGCCCAGCAACAAUCCGUUGGAGUCGGUUCUGCACACCUUCAAUGAAUGGGGCAAGAAGGCAGAGACCAUGGCCUCCAACAUCUGGCAGCACCUUAAAAUGGGUCCAUCUGUAUCCGAGACUGCAUGGGGGAAGCUGAGCUUGACAGCAAAAGCAAUAACUGAAGGCGGGUUCGAGUCUCUUUAUAAGCAGACCUUCCCGACGGAACCCGACGAGAAGCUCAAGAAGACAUUUGCAUGUUACCUAGCUACAACCACCGGCCCAGUCGCCGGGACCCUCUACCUAUCGAACAUCAACAUUUCCUUCUGCAGCGAUCGGCCGCUCACCUUCACUGCUCCAUCUGGCCAGCAGGCUUGGUGCUACUACAAGGUACUUGUACCAUUGGCGAGGAUCGACUCAAUCAAUCCAGUGAUCAUGAAAGAGAAUCCAUCAGAAAAGUACAUCCAGAUCAGUACGAUCGACGGUCACGAUUUUUGGUUCAUGGGUUUUGUGAACUAUGAGAAAGCUUGCACACAUCUCUCAGGGGCGUUGUCCGAUUUCGUGGCAUCGGUAAAGAGAACCGAGCCACCCGUUUCCUACCCGUAGUUUGUUAUAUCACUCUUUCACAGGAGAGAUUUUCUUUCUUUCACCUACUGUUUUUUGUUAAAUCACUCUUCGCAUGAUCUCUCUCUCUCUCUCUCUCUCUCUCUCUCUCUCUCCUGUAUAUCUUUGUGUUACUAAGAAUUACAAUUUAAUAAUAUAUGUAUAAAAUUUCAUCUUUUGGCGUGAAAUUUUGGAUGUA